AACCCCGAUGAUUGUUGUAAUACAAAAUUUCAUUGAAGUUACAUAUUCUCUCUCGAUCAAACUUUUGUUGUAUAUAAUUUCAUCUUUUGGGUUCCCUUUGAUUAACGCAAGUCCAAGCUAAAUUAUGCUUAAAUAUCCGACCCGCCGAAAGAAGUCUCUGCCGCCCAAGGCCCCUCACAUUCCCAAGAUCGAGCGUCCCUCGAAAGGAAGAAGCACCAGUCCACUGAGGAUGCAUUCAGCCCGCACCCAGCCGCAGAUUCAGCCGCAGGGCUGGUCGAUUCCUGGCCAGAAUGUGUCAGACGACCUGAAGCAACGUCUGCUGACGCUCCAAAUGCAAGUAAGCGCAUGGAAGGCCAUCAAAAAAUAGAGUCGGGGUCGGGAUUUUCUAGUUCUUAUACGACAGAAUUUUAGUGAAGAUCCACAAUAAAUU